AUGUAUGGAAAGUGUGGCCUCGUUGAUAAGGCUAGGCUUGUGUUCGUGUUGUCCGGACCACACAAAGGAGUCAGAAGGGAUGUCGUGAUGUGGACUUCGUUGUUGAAUGCUUACAAUCGUAAUGGGAUGUUCAAGGAUGUGAUAAGAGUGUUUGAAGAUAUGUUGGUCGAGAAGACCAAGCCCGAUGAGGUUGUGUUCUUGGUGGUCCUCUCAGCUUGUGGGAAGUCGGGAAACGUAGCUAAAGGGUUAGAGUUGUUUGAGCUGAUGAGGAAGGGAUUUGCGUUGGUGCCAGGACCUGAGCACUAUGGCUGUGUUGUUGAUAUGCUAUGUAAGGCUGGGGAGUUGGACUCGGCAUGGAAAUUUGUUAGGAAGGAAGGUAAAGAUGGGAGUAGGUUUGGUGUUAGUGUGUGGGGUGCUAUCCUUAGUGCUUCUAGGAGUUGUGGCAAUGUAGAAGUGGGUAAGAUCGCGGCAUCAAAAGCUCUUGAUUUGGAACCGCAGAAUACGGGGAUAUACAUGGAGCUCUCGAAUCUCUAUGCUGGGCUUGGAAUGUGGGAAGAGAUUGUACAGCUAAGGGAGGUUAUGGAGGAGAGGGGAUUGAAGAAAGAUGUGGGGUUCAAGAUUGAUGAGAUACUUGAAAGGAACUAUAGGGAUGGACCUAUUCUAUACUGGAUAUCCGGCUAUAUCGAAGGCUAUUCAGAUGCGAGCUGGUGCUUAGAACCAGAUGAGUGCAAAUCUACUGGAGGAUUUAUCUUCACCAUGGGUGGAGCUGCUGUCUCGUGA